GAUGUCUGUGGUAAUAAAUUUGAGUUGAUCUGUGUGAGAAGUAUGCAUGCUGGCAUUGUGAAUGAUGGUUGGCCAUUGUUUGCUAUUUUGGCUAGCAAAGGUUGUAAUGGAGAUGCAGUCCACUCUUCGGAGAAUAUUGAAGAUGUAGAACUUACAAGCCGCAUUUUUGCUAGUUAUUUUACUCCUGAUACAUACGCAAAUGAACAUUCAGCAUGUGCUGCGAGGCUUGCGGCAGGUUUAUGUGCUGAUCUUGCUUCAGCAAUUUGCACUGGACAUGCCAAAAAUGGUUUUGCUCUGGUUCGGCCUCCCGGUCAUCAUGCUGGUGUAAAACAGGCCAUGGGGUUCUGCCUCCACAACAAUGCAGCCGUUGCUGCAUCAGCAGCUUUAGUAGCGGGAGCUAAGAAAGUGUUAAUUGUUGAUUGGGAUGUACAUCAUGGAAAUGGCACACAAGAAAUUUUUGAGCAGAGCAAACCGGUCUUGUAUAUAUCCUUGCACAGACAUGAGGGUGGAAAGUUUUAUCCUGGUACUGGAGCUGCUGAUGAGGUUUUUGAAUGGACUGAUUUCAAGAUGUUCUUGAUGCUCAUGACCAGGGAGUGUCCAAUAAUAGAGGCUUCUGAUCAUGUUCCAGCAAUUGAGAGAGCAACUUGCACCCUGAGAAAGUUGGGAUCUAAUGUGGCAGCGCUCAUACAAUCCUCUAAUGCUAAAUAUCAACAUGCACGAAUGAUGCAGAUUUUGAAGGGUCUUAUAGAGACGAUUCGCAUUGCAGAAUCGAAUGGGUUUGGCUUAUUUACUUGCAGUUUCAAUAGUGGAGGAUUGGUAUGCUUGAAGGAGUCGUUGGUUUGUGCUAUAUGCUAG